AUCGGAACUACACAUAACCUCUUUUGGGAUGUUUAUGAGGGACAUCACUUACGUGCAGUGUGUUUAUUAGUACGUUUUACUGUUUUUAGCAGUUACCGAAGUUAUAAAGUUUUAAAUAUAAAGUGGUUGACUUUAAAUAUGGAAAGUGAAAAAUAUUUAGUUGAAAAACAAAUUUUUGAAACUAAGCUUUUUAAAUUAAUUGAAAAUAGUGGCGCUAAUAAUUUUACCACCGUACUAACUGUUGAGCAUUAUUUAAGUAUUUUAAAUCAAGUAAAGAACAGCAUGUCAAAGAAAGAGACGAAGGAAAAACUAAGUUGUCAAGAUUAUAGGCGUUUGAAUAGAUUUGAAAUUCUAAGAAUUGGUGAUAAAGAGAAAAUUAUUGCAAAACGAAAGAAUGAUGAUGUGGUUUCUAUUAGGUAUUAUUGCGAUGUUACGGAGGUACACGGCAUUUUAGAAAAAGUUCAUAAAGAUACUGGCCAUAAAAGAAGAUUAGGAAUGGAAAAAGAAAUUGCUAAGAAAUAUUGUAAUAUUCCCAGAAGUGUCAUUGAAGAGGAUUAGUAGUAAAACCAAUAAUUUCUACAGGAUUUAAUAAAAGGGGACAAAUUGAUCUUAUUGAUAUGCAAACAGAACCGGAUGGCCCUUAUAAGUUUAUCAUGAAUUACCAAGACCACCUCACAAAAUUUGUGUUUUUAAAACCUCUAAAAACUAAAAAGGCAGAAGAAGUAGCAUAUAACUUGAUGGAUA